AUGGCUUCCAGCAUCCUCAGAACGCCCGGCAAGGACAUUGUCGACGCAAAUGGCCACACCGUGCUGCUGCGAGGAACAACGCUAGGUGGUUGGAUGCUCAUGGAGAACUUCAUCAACGGCUUCCCUGGCCGGGAGAAUCAGAUCCGCGCUGCUCUCCUCAAGGUUCUCGGCAAAGAGAAGUACGACUUCUUCUUCGACAACUGCCUUCACUUGUCCUUCAAUUACCUCAAUUCUGAGGACGAUAUGAACCCCGUGGUGAUUAAAGUGGAGGGUUUCAAGCACUCGGACAGGGCCAUUAAGCUUUGCGCCAAGUACGGCAUCUACACAAUUCUGGACCUCCACUCGGCCCAGGGAGGCCAGAAUCAAGACUGGCACUGCGACAGCCCGACAGGCUACGCAGCCUUCUGGGACCACAAGCACUUCCAGGACCGGGUCAUCAAUUUGUGGAAGGUCAUCGCUGCGCGCUACAAGAGCAAUCCCUGGGUCGCCGGCUUCAACUCUCUCAAUGAGCCUGCUGACGAGCACUGGGCCUAUGACGACGCCCACCUUCAGGACGGCCUCUUUGGACCCCUUCACAAGUGGUUCGAGGACAACGUGCCGGCGCAAUACAGCAAGAAGUACCCUUGGCAGUGGCGCAUGCACAUGCACGUGUUCCGCGGCAUUCGCGGUCUCACCAUGGCAGAGUACAUGGUCCAGGAGUGGGCCGACUACUUCAAGGACAAGACGUUUGAGGAGCUCGAUGCUCUGGCGGCGAGCUGGAAAAUCGAGAACUGCCUACAGAAGAAGAGGCUCAACGAAUUGCUCAAGCUGUACGCUCCCAUGACGUCGGCGGACAAGAGGCUCGAGGGCAAAAUGAUUCAGCCGUCGGUGGAGGAGAGGACAAAGGCCAAGGAGACAAUAUCUGGGGUGGGCGUGUUUGAGCUGGCGCCGGAUGAGAAGAGGAAAAGAAUUGAGAAGGUAGAGGUGACGCCUGUGCCAGUGGCGGCGUGA